AGCAGUUUUCCUCCGCGCCAGAUGGGCGCAGUGUCGUUCACUGACGAGAUAAACUAAAACAGUGUUGGGGAUCUGCGAAGAAACAACAUUCAAGAUGUCGUCGCUGAAUGACAAGUCAGUUUGGGAUGAGGUGGAGGAUGGCAUCGGCGAGGAAGUCCUUAAGAUGUCGACGGAGGAGAUUGUUCAAAGGACUCGACUUCUGGACAGUGAGAUUAAGAUCAUGAAGAGUGAAGUUCUGCGUGUCACUCAUGAGCUGCAAGCUAUGAAAGACAAAAUAAAGGAGAACACAGAGAAGAUCAAAGUUAACAAAACUCUGCCAUACCUUGUCUCUAAUGUCAUAGAGCUGCUGGAUGUAGAUCCUAAUGACCAAGAAGAGGAUGGAGCCAACAUUGAUCUGGAUUCGCAGAGGAAGGGCAAGUGUGCUGUCAUCAAAACCUCUACACGGCAGACCUAUUUCCUGCCUGUGAUUGGUUUGGUGGAUGCUGAGAAACUGAAACCUGGUGAUCUUGUGGGUGUGAAUAAAGACUCCUAUCUGAUUUUGGAGACUCUACCCACUGAGUAUGACUCUAGAGUUAAAGCCAUGGAGGUGGAUGAGAGGCCUACAGAGCAGUACAGUGACAUUGGUGGUCUUGACAAACAGAUCCAAGAGCUGGUGGAGGCAAUCGUUUUGCCCAUGAACCACAAAGAGAAAUUUGAGAAUCUGGGCAUCCAACCACCAAAGGGAGUUCUGAUGUACGGCCCACCAGGCACAGGAAAGACCCUGCUAGCAAGAGCCUGUGCUGCCCAAACCAAGGCAACAUUUUUGAAGUUGGCUGGCCCACAGCUGGUGCAGAUGUUUAUUGGUGACGGUGCCAAACUGGUGCGUGAUGCUUUUGCUCUUGCCAAGGAGAAAGCUCCCUCUAUCAUCUUCAUUGAUGAGCUGGAUGCUAUCGGCACUAAGCGUUUUGACAGUGAAAAGGCUGGAGACAGAGAGGUGCAGAGGACCAUGUUGGAGCUGCUUAACCAACUAGAUGGCUUUCAGCCAAACAUGCAAGUGAAGGUGAUUGCUGCCACUAACAGAGUUGAUAUCCUGGAUCCGGCUCUGCUGCGGUCAGGUCGUCUGGAUCGUAAGAUUGAGUUCCCCAUGCCCAAUGAGGAGGCUCGUGCUCGCAUUAUGCAGAUCCAUUCGCGGAAGAUGAAUGUCUGCCCUGAUGUGAACUAUGAAGAAUUGGCACGCUGUACUGAUGACUUCAAUGGCGCUCAGUGUAAAGCUGUGUGUGUUGAGGCUGGCAUGAUUGCUCUGCGACGUGGGGCCACUGAACUCAACCAUGAGGACUACAUGGAAGGCAUUCUGGAGGUGCAAGCAAAGAAGAAGGCCAACCUGCAGUACUAUGCUUAACACAGUCGUAGACUGUCUGUCUGUGUACUUGUAUGUAUGAAAGCGUGUAUGUGGUUAAACAUCAGGAUCAGGCACACUGUGCUGUUUGGAUCCAGUAGUGUUCUGAAUGCAUUGUUUUGAAAGAGACAGAUCAGCUAAAAUCAAACUGGACUGCCUCACAAUGAUUACAUUUUCAGUACCCUUGUUUUUGUCUCAUAAUCCAUUAAAAACACAAACCUUUUUUCA